GGAAACAUCAACAAAUGUCGGAAGUGAAUCGUAAGUUUAUCAAAUGAAAUUAAUUUUAUUUAUAGUGGUAAUGGUCAAUUUUAAAAUGAUAUUGUGUAGUCGAACUCAACGAACUCGACGAUUUUGGUAUGGACUAUGAAGAAGAUAUUGGUGACAGUGAGCCUGAAGUAGCGGAAACCAAUGUGAAAAAAAAUACAAAACACACUGCUUCAACUUGUACUAACAGGGGAAGAAAACAUUUUAUCACACCGCGAUUGCUUUCAGCACUUGAUAGCGCCAAAGUAAGCGAUGGAAAGGCGAUGCACAUUCUGAUGACGACUGCAGAAGCAUUGGGCCAUUGCACUAGCGACUUGGUAGUCAAUCGUUCUACUCUCCAUAGACUGAGGGAAGAGCAUCGCAGAAAAGAAUCACAGAGGAUUCAAGAGAGUUUUAUUGACAAACUAAGUGAUACACAAGCAAUGGUCGUCCACUGGGAUGGUAAAGUAUUGCCAGAUCUAAUUGGAAAAAUAAAAGUUGAGCGAAUUGCAGUGCUUGUUAGUUAUAAUGGCGAAUCCAAAUUUCUAGGCGCUCCAAAACUUAUAUCUGCCACUGGUGAAGAUAUAGCUACAGCCGUUUUUGAUACACUUAGUAAAUGGAAUAUUUUAGAUCGCGUAGAAGGCAUGUCUUUUGACACCACGUCCACUAAUACUGGUCCAAUAAAUGGAGCAUGCGCUCAAUUGCAACGCAUGUUAGGAAGAAAUUUGUUGACGUUACCAUGCCGUCACCACAUUCUAGAAAUAUACUUGCGUAGUGUAUUCGACCUGCAUAUCAAAGUGACUCAAGCACCAGAAGUCUCAAUUUUCGAGAGAUUUGCCAAAGCCUGGCCAAAUAUUGACACUUCAUCAUUUAAGAGUGGGCUCGACUGUGAAGAUAUAAAAUCUCAUAUAAGUGAUGGCAUCUGCAAUGACAUCAAACAAUUUUGUCAUUCACAAUUACAAAAAACGUUUGUUCGUGCUGACCACGAAGAAUUUUUACGUCUAGUACUUACAUUUCUUGGUGACAAUGGUGGUAAAUUUAAAACUCCCGGAGUUACAAGUCAUGCACGUUGGAUGUCAAAGGGAAUAUAUUCCUUGAAAAUAUUUCUGUUUCGUGAUCAAUUUCACUUGAGUAAAGCUGAAUUAAAAGGUUUAAGUCACAUUUGCGUUUUUUUAGUGCGUUUAUAUAUAAAAGCUUGGUACAAAUGCUCCAAUGCAAUUACCUCUCCCCUGCAGGAUUUAAGCUUUGUAAAAGAAUGUAUUAAUUAUGAAAAAGUGAACCCAAGUAUUUCUUCGGAAUUGCUGAGAAAAAUGCAACAACACAUGUGGUAUUUGUCAGAGGAAAACGUCGCAAUGGCUUUCUUUGAUUUCAAUGUUUCAGUAGAUGUUAAGAAAAAAUGGUAAAAAAUUUAAAAUCAGAAGAGCCAACUUAUAAACUACAAAACAAUCGCAAAAUAAAAAAAUUAAGUGACUUAGGCAAUUCGGAUUUAAGCGAAUUUGUAUCCAAAAGAACUUUAACAUUUUUUACGAAGUACAAGUU